AUGUACAACAAUCAUAAUCACCGCCAAAACCAUAGCCUGCUCAAUGGCGGUGCGCACCAGAACUUCCAGCCUCAGAUGAGCUUGGGCAAGGCAUUCCAGAGCCAGUCACACGGCCAUCAAGCGCACCAUCUGAACAAUCACAAUCAGGACCACGGUUUAGGGCAUAGCAACAACUUUGGAAAUCACCACCAUACCAUCUCCGCGAGCACCUUGUCGAACACCACCCCGAACUUCACUCCCGCACAUCUCCAGAAUGGCACACCCGAGAGCUCCAGCACGCUGAGCAAGCCACCGAAUGCACAUUGGGCAGAGCAAUUGAGGGAAUACGAACGACUCAAGAUGGCGGAUCACAAGACUCACUUUUACGCGCGGACAACACCAUCAGUGAGUAGGUAUCCUGGAGCUUCACCUUCGACGAACAAUGCGCGAACGGAUGGAGAAGAGCAUGGUGAGAGGAGACGCGUGCUCGAAGGUUCAGAAGAUAUGGGAUCAUGGAAUGCAAUGGAUCUCUGCGGACAAGGACUGAAAGGCAUGGCACCUGCAUUGUUCAAGCACUACCCGAAAUUGAGCAAGGUCUACCUAAACUGGAACAAGUUGAGAGAGAUCCCUCCACAGAUUGGACAGAUGCGCUUCCUGACCGUUCUGGACCUCUCCAUGAACGAUCUGCAUUACCUGCCUCCGGAGAUUGGUAUGUUGACGAAUUUGAAGAAGCUUGCUCUAUACGACAACCACCUUGAUGAUCUCCCGUACGAACUCGGGUCGCUUUACCAACUCGAAAUGCUCGGCAUUGAGGGCAAUCCUAUGAGGCCCGACUACAAGGAGCGAUUGGUUGAGCACGGAACGCAGGAGCUGGUCAGAUAUCUUCGUGAAAACGCGCCACAACCCGAACCACCCCUUGACCGAGCAUGGAUACCUCUAAUCGAAGACGCUUCCGAAACUGACAACUUCACGAUCUUCAGCUGGAACAUUCUCUGCGACCGGGCUGCAACCGCCGCUAUGUACGGCUACACACCCUCGGAAGCGCUCUCCUGGCAACGAAGGAGAGAUUUGAUUCUCGAUGAAAUGCAAGGUCGCGAUGCGGACAUUAUGUGUCUUCAGGAAAUGGAUAUCGAGAACUACAACGAAUUCUUCCGACCGAAUCUGGCAUCAAUGGACUACAAGGGUGUUUUCUGGCCGAAGUCGCGAGCGCAGACAAUGGCCGAGAAGGAAGCCAAGGUUGUCGACGGAUGUGCCAUCUUCUACAAGAACACAAAGUAUAUCAUGCUCGACAAGCAGGUCAUCAUCUUUAGUCGAGAGGCCAUUUCACGACCGGAUAUGAAGGGCGAGCACGACGUUUACAACCGAGUGAUGCCCCGAGAUCACGUUGCCGUGGUCUUGUUCCUGGAGAACCGACAAACCGGAUCAAGACUGAUCGUUGUGAACACGCAUUUGACCUGGGAGCCCUGGUACAGCGACAUCAAGAUCGUGCAGGUGGCUAUUCUGAUGGAAUCUCUCACGAAACUCUCCGAAACCUACGCCAAGUGGCCAGCGUGCAAAGACAAAGACCUCUUCAAAUUCGCCAAUGAAGACAGCGCCGACGGAGCCGAGCCCGUGAAGAUGGAACCUGGUCCCUCGAUGAAGUACGACGAACCCACGCAAAUCCCCCUCGUCGUCUGCGGCGACUACAACUCCACCCACGACUCUGGCGUUUACGAGCUCAUCACGCAGGGCUCGCUCUCCAACUCCCACUCGGAACUCGGCAACAACAAUUACGGCGACUUCACCCGCCACGGCAUGAGCCACCCCUUCAGUCUGAAGUCUGCUUACAGCGGCAUCGGCGAGCUGCCGUUCACCAAUUGGACCCCGGACUUCCGUAAAGUGAUUGAUUGGGUGUUCUACGCUACAAACACGAUGCAGGUCACCGGCGUGCUCGGCGAGGUCGACCCAGACUAUAUGCGACGUGUACCUGGAUGGCCAAACCACUAUUUCCCGAGUGAUCACUUGCCGUUGAUGAUGCAAUUUGGAAUCAAGGAGCGGAAAGAGCGGAAAGCGGCGGUGGAGACGGACUUUGGUCCCGCAAGGAGGGAAAGCAGGAAUUGAAGAGUUACGCAACGGCUUGACGACGAUGACUGAGAAUCUCUGGCGCAAGGAAGGUUGUUUGUUCACUUACUUUUGGGGAGGAGGAUAACGGCAAGGCAAGGGUGUUGGGGUAUCAGGGCGCAAGCUGCUGGGACUAGGUGCUGCUGAUGUCACUGUGUUGUGUUUGAACUUAUGCGUUCGCUGCUUUUGUCGUUUACUGUACACAGGAAGCAGUGCGGAGUAGAGCGGGAAUGUUCUGGCCGCCUUUU